UCGCCGUGCCCAAAUUCCCGCACGGGUAGAGUACUUGGAUAUGGCGGCUUAGAGUGGCGCGCGCGACAGAGAGCUGCCAUGGCCGACGCACAGCGCCAGCUCCUCUCCACCGCGCCGCAAUCGCGAGGCUGUGGGAUAGAUGAGAUCGAAUUUCGGUGACUUGGGUCGUGGCGGAUCGGGGCAAAGAUUGGGGCUCGCCACCAGCGGCGGCGGCGCCGCCUGAUUCGAUAGAUCGAUCGCCAAUCUUCCAGUUUUUCUGCCGAGAAUGCGGAGCCUGAGGAUGCGAACGAGUUGAGCAAGAUCCCAAGAUGAUGGAGGAAAGCCAUUACCAGCAGCAGCAGCAGCAGCAGCAGCAGCAAGCUUUGCAAGAAUUGCCUCCCGCCGUCGUCAAAGUUCGAUGGAAACCGAACGAGGAGCAGCUCCGGAUGCUCGUCCGGCUGUUCGAGGAGGAGGGCGACAGUAUCAACAAGCAGCGGAUCAAAGAGAUCGCCGUGGAUCUCGCUCGCCAAGGUGAUGUUACGGAGGCCAACGUCCACAACUGGUUCCACAACCGAAAGGCUCGAGCCAAGCGCAAGCAAAAGCAGAUGCAGCAAAACGAUGGCGAAUCCGAGGUAGACACCGACGUCGACUCCAAAGGCAAGAGAUCCAAGCUCGAUCACCAUCACCACCACCACCACCAUCACCACGAAGCCAACGCCACCUCCAAGAUCGCCGCCGCAACUUCACCUCCAAACGGGACCUUGUUUCUUCCGGAAUUCUCGCAGCCCGAACCUCAACAAGGUUACAUGUCAGGUUUUCCAAUGCGGCAGCCUCUCAGGCUUCCAUCCGACGCCAUCAACUUAAAUACGAGAAUGUACGAAAGCUCACUGAUGCUAACUCCUCACCACCCCCACUUGGCUCCUCCACCACCACCGCCGCCGCCACACCACCACCACCACCACCACCCAGCUGCCACCGCUACAGGGCUCACGGACAAGUUUCGGAUGCCAGCGUAUUCACAGGAGCUUGUUCCAGAGACACACAUGAUCGAGUGGCGGCCUCACCAUCAGCUGGCAUUGAUGCCAACGCAACCGGGAACUGAUUUACAGGAUAGAAGUAGCGAGUCCAAGACCAUCACAGACGAUGCUAGUACCGAGAGUGAGGAUAUCUCGGAUAGCAGGGCAUGGAACAGCAAGCAGCAGCAGCAGCAGCCACCGCCGAGAAAAGCUUGGAAGAAAAAGGCUAGAGGUACGAUGAUCCGGAAGGCACCACCACCUCCACAGCCAGUUCCAGCGGCAACACCAGCUCUGAACGGUCGAGCCUCGAAUAGAAGCCACCACGGCGCGAGCACUAGGAAGAACAGGAUACGUGACAUAAUCAAGGGACUCAAGAGGAGCAACCCGGAUAGCUACGAGCGGGAUUUGAAGGCGCUGUUUGUGGAGGUAGUGAAAAGAAUAGGAGCGAACAAGGCUCGCUCGAUAGUAAACAGGUUGACGAGGCCACCGGACACUGAGACAUCGUCGUCGUCCGACUCGCAGGCCAUGGACUCGGGUUCGUGUUCUUCCACGGCAUCUCUCCCCCGUCAAGCUCGCAGAGUUUCCUCCUCGUCACCCUCGGACUUUAACAACAGGGCCGCGAGCAAUAACAAUGGUCGAGGUGGCGGCGGUGGCGAGUUUUACAGCAGCGAUGCGGUGCCUCCUUACAGUAGAUUCCAGGCUCCAGCGAGCGAGCAGCCGAGUUUUUAUCACCAGAAACCGCAAAGCUCUUCUUACGGACAAGUCCAGCAACACCACCAGCAGCAAAGUCCCGCUCCGGUGUGGGAUUCUUCGUCCGCUAGGCAGGAACUAACACUCUCCAGUAGCUCUAGACAGUACCAGCAGCAAUUUUUCCAGCAGCAGCAGGGACAUGGGCAAGAACAGCAGCAGCAGCAGCAGCAGCAAACUUAUCGAGACUGCAAAUCCUCGAGCAGCACCGAGGACGACACAAACGACGACGGCGGCAACGACGACGAGGGGUCUCUCCAAGAAGGGGAAGAGAGUGACAAGGAGUUUCGGAUCGUGUGGUCUUCGCAGAAGAAGCAGCAGCAGCAGCAGCAGCCGGAAGCAUUCACUGCCGCGAUUCCACCUCAAAGUUUUGAGAACCGGUGUGAGGCACUCGCCACUCCUCCAUCAUCGAAGAAAGAAAGCAAGCAGCCAGCGGCGGCGGUGGCGGAGGGAGAGAAGACUAACGUAACUCUGAUCGACGGGAAGCCGACUGGAGCAACCGGGACAUGGUGGAACUCGAUCUUGCGGCACUCGGCGCUGCUCUUCUUGGACGUGUCCAUCCCGCACAUAGCGCUCCAGCCGGAGGAAGGCAUGGUCCGGAUACGCGACUACAUGGACUCCAAGUUCACGUACGUUGGCGGCAGCCUGGACGACGCGUUUCUCAAGAAGCAGGUCGCCAAGGCGCUCAACUUCCGGCGGCACAAGGUGAUGCGGAUGAUCGAGCAGGGGUCGAGCCGGCCCAGCGAUGUGUCGCAGGAGCAGUGGGACUCGCUCGUGCGCUACUACGCGGAUCCGAAGAGGAGGGAGAAGUCGGACAAGCAGCGCGCGGCGCUCAAGGCGCUCAACUUGAGCAACCAGCAGCAGCAGCUGCAGAUUCAGCAGCAGGUGCAGGUGCAGAUGCAGGUGCAGGUGCAGCAGCAGGUGCAGGCUCAGGCUCAGGUUCAGCAGCCGCAGCUGCAUGCAGGGCUUAAUCUGAACAUUAGUCAGGAGGAUCAAGCUGCUCGUCGCGAGAGUUUGGAUGAGGAUGAGGAGGACGAGGACGAAGAUGAGGACGAGGAUGAAGAGGAGAUGCAGCGUAGGGAAGAAAAUGCUAGCUAGCUUAGGCAGCAACACGAAAAAUCAAUCAAUCAAUCACAGAUCCACGGAUUUUCCUUCUCU